AUGGACAGGGUGAACAGCGCCGUGGGAAGCCUGCGGAAUUUCGUCGGCUGGAUCUCCGAUGGCGAGCUGCCAGAACCCUCCGGCCUACAAAGUUCGCAGUCACUUACACUGUGUCUCAUUGGGAAGGUAACGACUCCUUCCUCAUUCAAUCGAUCGAUUGAGCUUGGUGUUAAUUGUUCCAGCACAGGAUUUCUAAUCGGGCCGAAGAAGCAAUUCAACAUGAUGUUUGAUCCCGUUCGCAUCCUGUCAACCAUCAUCUACCUCUUCAGUAUCUUCCCAGCCCUCUUCUAUGCUCUUCACGUAACAACAGCAGCAACAACGCUGUUGGCCAUCCUCAUCGAAGCUUGUGCUUUGCUCUGGUACAGCCUCAGCUACAAUCCCUUCGCUCAAUCUGCAGCAAGACGAUGGCUUUCCAAACCUUUUGAUAUAUUUAGGGCUCCUGAUGCGGUCUGCCAAUUUUGAAUUGUAGAAAUAA